AUGUUUUCCACACCUACGGAACGGAUAACAUCGAGGUUUAAUACCAUUUUCAUUCAUCCAGACAAAAGUACUAUUCCAAUGACUCUAUUACAACAACAACAACAACAUGAAGUGAUGAAUGAUUGUCAUCACGAAACAACAAAAUUCAUUCAUCAACAACAAAAUUUAACAACAUUUCAAAAGAAUCAUUCCAUUCACUCUUCCCGAUGUCGAGCCGUGUUCACUCUCUUUCUAUCGAGUUUAUUAUUAACUUGUUUAUUGCGGUCACUGACAUUGCAAAUAAUGAACCAUCACGAUUGUCAUCAUCAUCACGAGUCCCAUCCAUUUUUCAAUAAUUUUACAAAUUCCAUCUCUUCGCACAGUGACUUGACACAUUGGAUGGUCCUUGCAUUUCCAUCGAAUAUUCCAACUACCUCAUCUUUUUCACAUGACAUGAAUCAUGUCUUUCACUUUCGAAGGAAAUCGAAACAAGUCUCAAGUCGAUACAUUUUUCAAAAUGAUAUUUCAUUGACGGAACCAGAACCAGAUUUAACAGAGCCGACCUAUGUCGUUCCAUUCAAACAAAUACCUUUUCCUUUUUUGGACUCUUAUUCUGCAGUUUCACGUCAAGUGGAACAACAAAUUGAAUUAUUGACAAAUGUUUCUGUGAAUAUGGCAAUGAAUGAUUACAACGACUGUCUUCGUUUUCCAUGGUGUGACAAGAUCAAGUUUGAAUAUCGAUAUUGGAAUGAAUCCAAGUCGAUAGGAUCAUCUUUGACACCAUCACCACCACCAGAACCUUAUUAUUCCACAAUGGGAGACCUUUUGAAAAAAAUUGAUCAAGAUUUUAAUGUAGAAAUGCAAUUUCGAAGAAAUGAGUUGGGAGGAAUUUUAGAUAAGGUCGUAGUACUGUUUGAAAUUCAUGUCUAUUCAGAUAUUUCAAAAGAAUCUUGUUUUCAAUUUCCUUUGGAUUUUGUGAAUCAAAAUUUGACACGAAAGCUUUACAUGCACAUGAAAUUUGUGGGAAAGAAUCCGAAAAGAAACACUAUCGAUUGUGGUUUUGAAAGCUUGUUUCUUCACUCGGUUCAAAAUUUGUCCUUUACGCUUCAAAACUUUCAUGUGAUUGAUUUCAAAAUGCCUCACGGAGCUGCUGCUGUGAUUGAUUGUGAAAUUACAGGAAAAUUUAGACUGGCACAGAGCUAUUUCAACGCACUGAUCAAUGUGACCAAUAAUGGAAAAAUUGAAUUUGAAGGAAAUUUGGUGUUUUUAAGUCAGUACCGAGCAUUGACACCACAUGUGACCUAUGCCUAUUCGUAUAGAGCGAGAGCUUUGGUUCUCCAUAAUUCAACCAUUCAAAUGGCGAACUUUUUUAUUCCUUCGCAAGAUCGAGUAUGGGUUGUAAAUUCACAAUUUCACAUGUUGGAUUCUGUGGAUAUUGAAGAACCUGGAGAAGUAGUGAUGCUUAAUUCUUUCAUGUCUUGCUCAGUCGGAUACAAGUUGAAUGCAUAUCCAUUUCUCUCAAUUUCAUAUUCACGAUUUGUCAGCAUUGAUUCAAUGACCAUCGAUCGAUGUAAUGGAAAAUCGGUUCUACGAGUUGAACAAUGCAUUGACGUGCAAGUGGAUCAUUUAACAGUUACGAAUAAUUAUAAUCCACAAUAUGGAGGAAUUGUUCAUUUCAAAAAUUGUAGAAAUUUGAUUGUAAUGGGAUCACAAUUUAAAAGAAAUGUUGCAAUGGAAUCUUCACUCAUAGUAGAUAGUGUAUUAUCAGGGUCCAUUACUCAAUCAGACUUUAUUGAAAAUGAAUCUUUCACAGAUGGAGGUGCUCUCUCUUAUACAUUUCCAGAAGAUCGAUCGGCAUUGACACAAAUUUCUUCAUGUGCCUUUGUGAGAAAUAAGGCACUUGGCAAGGGAGGAGCAAUUCGAGCAGAGAAGGCAAGCAUUGAUGUUUUAUUUUCUAAAUUUUACGAAAACUCUGCAAUGAGUAGCGGUGGAGCCAUGUACACAACGUCUGUGACUUAUAUUGAAAGCACUGAAUUUUCUGGAAAUGUAGCCAUUUCUGGAGGUGGAGGAGCAAUUUAUGGUUCCAAUACGAUGGCUCUCGUUCAUUCUACAUUACGAAAUAAUUCAAUACUAUCAAAAACGAUUAGCUUGUGUGGAAAAGAGAGUUGUGAGGGAACAGGUGGAGCACUAUUUCUCAAUGUUCCAUCUGUAGAAGAAGAAUUCAAAAUGAUUAAUGUGACAUUUCAUAACAAUCGAGCAGUGAGAGGAGGUGCCAUUGGACUUAAUAAUUGUACCUUUAAAGAAUUGGUAGAUGUGACCAUUUUCGAUAAUCAAGCUCUAUACGCAGGAGGAGGAGUUUUCUACUUUGGUUUUCGUCCUUAUGAAAUUCCCAAAUUUAGAAAUAUUUAUAACAAUGUGGCUGGAACGUAUGGUCACAAUAUGGCUUCUCCAAUCAAGAGCACUCAAUGGAUCUAUCAAAUCAAAGGUUCUCAAGAUAUAUACUCGGUCGAACAAGGAGUACGAUUAUAUCCUGGUCAAAUAUUCUCACUGAAACCAACUUCAGCGGACGUCUUUGGAAAUAAGAUUGACGCCUUAACCGAAGAAUUUACCAUCAAGGUGGAAGACAUUCGAAUUGGAAUUUAUGGAAAAAGCAGAUCUCUAGAAAACAUGUAUCUCUCUGUGAAUCAUUCGAGUGAAUUGUCCAUCAUUCCCUCGUCGUUCAUUGUGAAUUUUUUUGAAACUUCAAAUGUCAUUCCUCUUGAUUUAAUUCAUUGUCCCUAUCAAUAUGAGCUAGUUCCUAUAGCGUACAACUCGGAUUAUGAAUUUAUUUGUAAGGAUCAUAUUUCAAUUGGAAGUAUUGUUGCCAUUGUCAUAGCGUCCACCAUUGCUUCAUUUUCAAUUUUCCUAUCAGUGGUCAUUGUGAUUGUUUAUAUGAGUUGCAAAGUGGCAAAGAAAGUGCAAUACUGGAGAAAACGAGAUCAAGCUGAAAAGGACAUGGAAAAACGUUUACUGGAAAAUCAAGUCAUUUAUUCUGAUGAAGAUCGUCAAGCUCUUGAAAGUUCAAACAGUAUUUCAAAAUCAAAGAGAGGAUUUAUUAUUGGAUUGGAUCAAAUAUUGAUUGACAAGAAAAUUGGAGAAGGUGGAUGUGGAAUUGUCUAUUUAGGAAAAUGGCACCAAAACACAGUAGCUGUCAAAUGUCUAAGAGUGGACUCUGCUACUGCUCAUUCCGAUGACAUUGAAAAAGAAGCUUCCUUACUUUGUCGACUACGGCAUCCGAAUGUUCUAUUGUUUUAUGGAAUUGUAAUUACUCAUCAAAAACACUAUCUCGUGGUUGAAUAUUUAGAGAGAGGAAGUCUUGAAAAAUUAAUUACCGAAAUUCGAAGAAAGGAAAUUCCAACACCCAUGGAUUUUUGUACUAAAAUUGGAAUUUUAAUUGACGUGGCAUGUGGCAUGGAUUAUUUACAUUCUCUAAAACCAUCUCCAAUCAUUCAUAGAGAUUUAAAACCAGCGAAUAUUUUACUAGAUGCAAAUGGAAUGGCCAAAGUUUGUGAUUUUGGACUUUCUCGAAUGAUGACCAAUACUUGUAUUGAUACAACCACCAUGUGUGUGGGAACUUUAUUUUACAUGGCUCCUGAAUUAUUGAAUACUGAAGAUCCAUCCAUCUCUCCAGCCAUUGAUGUGUAUAGUUUCUCAAUUAUUAUGUGGGAAAUUUUCUUUGAAGAAAAUCCCUAUGUCUAUCCAAAAACAUCGAAAUUAUUUACAGUAUUGAAAAAAGAAGAAGGUUCUUCAUCGAUGGAUAAUCAUUCAUCACCGAGUUCACAGAAUGGAAAAAAUAGAAGUGCUAGUUCUAAUAACUAUUCGAAUCAAACACCAGUGACACCUUUUACAAUCUUGUCAAAAGUCAUGCGUGGAGAACGACCUUUAAUUCCAUUUUCUACACCAGACGAAACCAGCAUGUAUUUGGAAAAAUUUAUGCCAGAAUAUUCUCAAACACCUAAAAAUCAAAAAACAUCCAUCAUGUCACUGGAAUUAAGAAAAAGUCAAAUUCUGUCAAUUGUCAACGAAUAUAUUGAUUUAAUGAAACUGUGUUGGAGCGGAGACGUACAGGAUCGACCUACCUUUAAAACCAUUCAUAGAAAGUUAAUCAACAUGAAACAAGAAAUGGAAGGUUUAAAAUUCACAACAUCGACAUUAACAAAUUCCACACCACCAAAACGAACACCACCAAAAAUGGAAAUUAUGAACACUGGACAUGAAAUUGAGUUAGGAGAAGGAUCAGCCUCCUCGAAUUAUCAUGAAAUGCCAAGCGAUCAUGAAGAGAUUUAA